AUGACGUCUCUAGAAAAAAAACGCGAAAAAGAGAGUAUUGGUUAGUAAAUACCUGUGUUCUACUGCAGGUUUUCCUGCCGAUGCCCGAGUAUUAUAGCGAGCUUAAGGGAAUAUUAUCUGUGUUUUUAUAUAGAGAACGUAAUCAAAAGUUCGUCGAAAAUAAUUAGUCGUCCGACUUUUGAGUCGUCACACGGCGACACCAUCAUCGGUACUGUCGAAACUUCAGAACCACUGAGUCCGUCGGAGGAACCGAAUCCGGCCAACUCUGGAGUCAAUCACGUUUGUGUAAAACUCAUACGGUUCGUGAUCAAGCCCGUAAUUUACAUGGUACGGAGAGUAUGUUUUUACUUCGGAAUUACGCUUUUGUGCAUUUAUUACGUCUUCAUUUAAUAUGAUAUUGUACCGUUACGGCUGUGUAAUGUUUUAUUUUUAUCCAAAUCGGAGUUGUGUCAUGACGCGUACCUAAUGUUCGAUAAACAAAUAAUUUCCCAAACAAUUAUGUCCCGUCAAUGUGUUUGUUAUUAAUAAAAUAAUGUAUAUAGUGUUUAUCGUAUUUACAAUUAUAUGUUUAAACGUAUACCAUAUUAAAUUAUACGUUUCUUACGUUUUAUGGAAAUAAAAAACAACCGUUUAUUCCAUAAAAACGAUUAAGUUUAAUUAUUUUUGUAACGAAUCGUCUGAGAACGUCGUUUAUACUUAUGUUUUUCGUCAUUGUAAAAAUCAGUUGUGUACAUUGCAAAACUACAAACAAAAAAAACCCAGCUUUCAAUCCUUAGCGUAACUUAAUUUUAUAUGACUGAAUAUUGUCGGCAUUAUAAUAAAAUAUUUAUCGUUCGUUUCAAUUCAGAGCUCGGCGAUAAUAAAGAGAGUAUUGUUUUCACUUUUAUUUGGGAUUUUAUUUAAUUUUUUUUUUAUAAACAACGCUUUGUAUAAUUUUUGUUGAUUUCUGGGUUUUCUCGACAACAAGAGAGAAAUUCGACUAACUAUACAAUUUUUUUUUUUUAAAUCAAUAUGUGUUUGAAAAUGUGAAAAUAUAUUAUCUGCGUACGAUAGGUACUCUUCAUAUUUGUACAGAAUUAUAUUUAUGGGCACGAUUAAUUAUUAUUACAUUGCACGCGGUAAAUUCAAACGUGAUUUUCCACAUCGUUUCGUGUCGUCGAAUAAUACAUAAAUAUUAAAUCAUUUUUUUUUUAUUCGAAGAGUUAUGGGUUAUUAUUAGCGCGGUCCACGGAGAGAGAGCGUCGCGGUUUGUUAUUGAGACAUAAGUAGGUAGGUAUCCGUCCUCGGUAUAAAUUAUAAAUUUAUUAUGAUUGUAUAAUGAGGUGAAAAUAUAUCGGCUGAAUUAAUUAUUCUCGUCUUCGGUGCGUGCCGGGAUGUAUAAUGAAUUAUGCAUAAAAUAUCGAUUUGCACACUUAAACGAUGACGAUACGCGACCCACACAAACGGUGACUUUUAACGCACGGGCGUCUGUGGCUAUCGCGUCAUAAUACUUCUAGAAAUUGGUUCUAGAUAUUGAGAUCAUUGGAGAAUAACGUACGGAAGAAAAUAUGUGGACCUACUGCUAUCUACAAAUAAUAUAAUAAUCACGUUAUAUAAUGAGAAGAGGAGAGAAAACAAAACAGUCAGAGCAGCGCUCGAUCGGAAACCUGAAGGAAGACCUCGAGUAAGUCACAGAGAAAGACGGAUAGACGAAAAAAGAUUCAGAAAAUGUGCAGAAAGAUGGAAACGGUAG